UCAAACCGGAACAGGAAGUUGACCGCUUGUAGCUGUGCAACAUUCACCCGUCUGCUCAGAUCAAACCGGUUUGCUUCGCGAUAAACUCAGCAUGCGAUUAAGUUAAAUCGGUCGUAAGAGGCAGUCGUACCACGUUGUUUUUAACACAUCUCCUGUUUAGUUAGACUAAUAUGAGCGACAACGAGAAAGAUUACGCGGAGCAGGACUCGCGGCCUGGCUCGAGGAGUGGGUCCCCUCGGGGAUCAGCACACUCACCCAGCCGCUCGCCGGUACGCUCCAAAGAUGGCUCCCGUCAUUCCAGGUCAAGAUCUCGCUCUCGAUCCAGGUCAAAAUCAAGGUCCCGUUCCCACCGAAGUUCACGCAGGCACCACUCCCGCUCUCGUUCCCGCUCCCACUCUCACCGGCGCCAUUCCAGGAGCCGCUCUCGUAGCUGGGAAUAUCGCAGACGAAGGAGCCACAGCCGCUCCCCAAUGUCAAAUCGUCGCAGACACAUUGGCAACCGGGCCAACCCAGACCCCAACAGCUGUCUGGGCGUGUUUGGACUGAGCCUGUACACCACUGAGAGGGAUCUCAGAGAGGUUUUCUCUAAAUACGGCCCGUUGAGUGACGUCAACAUCGUGUAUGACCAGCAGUCGCGUCGCUCAAGGGGCUUUGCCUUUGUCUACUUUGAAAACUCUGCGGACUCCAAGGAGGCCAAGGAGCGCGCUAACGGAAUGGAGCUGGAUGGACGCAGGAUCCGCGUGGAUUUCUCCAUCACUAAACGAGCCCACACUCCCACUCCAGGAAUCUACAUGGGACGUCCCACAUAUGGUGGCGGUGGUGGUGGCGGCAGUGGCAGCGGUGACGGUCGUGCCAGCAGUGGUAGUUCAUCGCGUCGCUCCUCGAGAGACUAUGACAGAGGUUACGAAAGAGGCUACGACAGAGGUUAUGAUCGUGAUUAUGAUCGCUACGAGAGCCGCGACUACAAGUCAUACAGCAGACGCAGAUCUCCAUCUCCGUACUACAGCAGAGGGUACCACUCACGGUCCCGAUCACGGUCCUACUCGCCACGUCACUACUGAGCAGCAAGAGAAGAGUCGAUGACAAGUUCAGUGUUAUUCCUUGUCUUUUUAUGCUUUUUGACCGGUUUUGAUGUAUCUAAUGAGAACUCUGGAUUUUUUGUGUGUAAAAGGUUUAAAACCAGAAUUUAUAGGAUGUGUUUAGCCACAUUUGAAUGGCCAAACAGAUCUUCACCAGUAACGCAUCACCUUUUCCUGGGCUACAUUUUCCCCUGGCUUUUAUCAAAAUUUGAAGAAAUUUUUGGGCAUCCCUGUUAAGGCUAUCAAUCACUGAAUGAAAACACAACCUCUUUGACUUUGGUAAAUAAACGAAGGGCUGGCUUUCUUUGACAGACUCUUCAGUGACAGUCACAUUACAGUUUCUCAGUUUAUUUGUACGUAGUUGGUUUCUUUAAUUGUCAGCAUCCUAGUUUUCUCUUUGAACUGUUUUAGACGCCAUGUUUCUUUUUAAUUGUGUGUUUUUUUUCUCUGGUGGAAAAUGUUCUUUUUCUGGUUGUACAUAAGCAAUAAAAAAAUACUUGGGUCAUUUGCUUUGUAGUUUAUUAACAUUGAAGUAGAUUGUAAUAGUCUUGUUGCCACGGAUGCUCCAGACAUUGUGCCAUGAAUUCCCAUCAGACUUUUAAUUUGUUUUGUUUUCAGAAAUAAAAUGUUACCGCUUGGA